UAUCCUCCAUUAGUGGAUGCUUUUAAUUUUAAAUCCCAUUACACAAACACACACACUCCUAAUCAUAAAAAAAAAAAAAAAAACAAAUUUUUCCGCCAAAAUCCCCUGUUUCAUCCAUCAUUCUUCCCCAAUUCAAUUAGGAAAUGGGGAAACCAACUGGAAAGAAGAAGUCACAAUCUGGAGUUGAAAAACCAACCAAACAGAACAAAACAGCAUCAUCCGAAAGAGCUUCAAAGCUUAUCGACGAAGACACCGCCGUGUUCAUUCAAAUGGCUCAAGAACUAAAGGAAGAAGGCAACAAACUAUUUCAAAAGCAUGACAAUGAAGGUGCAAUGCUAAAGUAUGAAAAAGGAGUCAAACUGUUACCAAAAAAUCACAUAGACGUCGCGUAUUUACGUAGCAAAAUGGCGGUUUGUUAUAUGCAGUUGGGACUUAAGGAGUACCCUAGAGCUAUUGAGGAGUGUAACAAAGCUCUUGAAGUUGCUCCGAAAUACAGUCCGGCGUUGGUUAACCGAGGGAAGUGUUAUUCCGUGCUAAAUAAGUUUGAUUCGGCUUUGAGUGAUGUUACGACCGUGUUGAACAUGGAGCCGAACAAUGUGGCUGCGUUGGAGAUCGAGAGUUUGGUUAAGAAGGCGUUGGGUGGGGACGGGUCGAACAAAGAUGUUGGUGUUGUUGAAAGUGUCGAAGAUAAAUCGAAAGCAUCGAAAGAGAAAGCGAAAAAGAAGAAAGACGAUGAGAAGGCGAGUGGGGCGAACGGGUCAAAAGGUGAAGAUAUUCGCGUAGUUGAAUACGUUGAUGAAAAAGCGAAAAUAUCGAAAGCGGAAGUGAAAAAGGAGAACGACGACGAGAAGGUGGUUCGGGUAGAUAAAACAAGCAUUAAAGACGAAAAACUGGUGACGAAAACCGUGAAGAUGGUUCUCGGAGACGAUAUAAGGUGGGCCGAGCUGCCGGUUAAUUGUAGCAUCGGUUUGGUUCGGGAGAUAAUUCGGGACCGGUUUCCGGGCCUAAACGGUGUUCUUAUAAAGUAUAAAGAUCCAGAAGGCGAUUUGAUCACGGUUUUAACUACCGAUGAGUUAAGAUUAGCCGAAAAGUCGAGUGAUCCUCAAGGCUCUUUUAGGCUUUAUCUAACAGAAGUUAGUCCAGAUAAAGAACCGUUAUACGAAGGGUUGACGUUGACCGGUCAACGACUUCCUAACUCCGAACCCGUACAAUCUAGCGUUUCCGAGAAUGUUAGUUCGGAAAAACCAGAGGGAGUCGAAGAAUGGAUCGUUCAAUUCACAAGGCUGUUUAAGAACCAUGUGGGUUUAGAUACGAAUCCGUAUUUGGAUCUUCACGAGAUCGGAAUGGAAUUGUAUUCCGAAGCGAUGGAAGACGAUGUCUUAAACGAAAACGCUCAAAAUCUGUUCAAUAUCGCCGGUGAAAAGUUUAAAGAAACGUCCGCUUUAGCGUUUUUCAAUUGGGGAAAUGUGCAUAUGAACAAAGCGAGAAAACUGGUAAGCGUUGCGGAAGAUGAAGUUCGCGAUUCGGUUGAAAAAAAGGUGAAAGUCGCAUACGAAUGGGCGAUAAAGGAGUAUAUAAAAGCAGGAAAACGAUACGAAGAGUCGAUAAAGAUCAAACCCGAUUUCUACGAAGGCCACCUGGCGCUCGGGCAGCAGCAGUUCGAACAAGCCAAGCUGACGUGGCAUUACACCGUUCGGACCAAAGCGGAUCUUGAAACUCCGUCUAUACAAAUACUCGAGCUGUAUAACAAAGCGGAGGAUAAUAUGGAAAAGGGUAUGCAGAUUUGGGAAGAACUCGAAGAACGGAGAUUAAACGGGUUAAGUUUAUACGAUAAACAUAAAGUUGAACUGAUUAACGCGGGUUUGGAAGGGAUUAUUAAAGAUGCAUCUAGCGACGAAGCAGCAGAAGAAGCGGUUAAUAUUCGGUCGCAGAUAUAUAUUCUAUGGGGUACGUUGUUGUAUGAGCGAUCCGUAACGGAAUUUAAGUUAGGUUUGUUCUCUUGGGAAGAAUGUUUGGAAGUUUCGAUUGAGAAGUUUGAACUUGCGGGUGCAUCGCAAACCGAUAUGACUGUGAUUAUAAAGAAUCAUUGCUCGAAUGGAACCGCGUUGGAAGGUCUUAAUUUCAAAAUUGAUGAAAUAGUUCAGGCAUGGAAUGAGAUGUUUGAUACUAAACGGAGGCCGACUGGUGUCCCGUUGUUUCGGUUAGAACCGCUGUUUAAGCGGCGGGUUUCGAAGCUACAUUCUUUGAUGGAGAAUUUCUGAUGCUUCUUUGAUCAUCUGAAAAAAAUAAUGGUUUCUUUGCGCAUUUAAAUUGUUUCUUUUGCUGUUGGAAGCAAAAGAACUGAAGAUUAUUUCUGGAUUUUUCGUUAUUUUUUAGUGCGUUUGGGCAUCUACCGGCUACAAAAGUCACCGAAGCUCAAGGAUCCUUUAUUUAUGUCAACGUGGGCAUAAAUCUUAAAGGAGUAUACACCAUUUUUUUAUAUGAAUGUUACGGAUCAAGACGGGUAUGCUUGAUCUUGUAAAAUCUUGUUAGAAAGAAAUUGUAGGUGCAAGAUUCAUUGUCUUGCAAAUUGUGAGCAAAUGAAGCUGGAAAAGCUUCUUGCUUUUUUGGGUUUGAUUAUUUAGAAAUUUUGAUUUUUUUUUUUUUUUUUUGUAAACUCUUGUUGACAUUUUGUGGGCAUAUCAUACUUCUCAAUUUGGGUUAA